CACACAAAACUGGUUGCAAAGUGGCAGCAGAGAGAACUGGUUAUCAGUAAGAAGUGUGGGUCUACCGGAUGUACAGCUACUGAUUGAGGUCGCCAAAAACAGAUUAUUUUCCAGAAAUAAUAAAAUAAACACACACUUGGAACAAGUUAUGGACGAAGGAAUACCUCGUCUGCAAGACAGACAGCUACACCACGCAGAUUUUUUGGGGGUGGAAUAUUCUUCGCUUUACAUGUGUAAAUCAAAAAGAGGCAUGAAAAGAGACGAAAGCAAGGAAGCCUACAAGCUACCACACAGAUUGAUAGAAAAGAAGAGGCGUGACAGGAUAAAUGAAUGUAUCGCUCAGUUGAAAGAUUUGUUGCCUGAGCAUCUGAAACUGACGACACUCGGACAUUUGGAGAAAGCAGUCGUUCUAGAAUUAACUUUGAAGCACUUGAAAUCUUUAACUGCUGUCUCAGAGCAACAGCACCAGAAGAUUAUCGCGUUACAAAAUGGGGAUCGCUCUAUGAAAUCCUCCAUUCAGACUGAUUUGGAUGCGUUCCAUUCUGGUUUUCAAACCUGUGCCAAAGAAGUGCUGCAGUACCUUAACAGGUUUGAGAACUGGACCCCUAGGGAGCAGAGAUGUGCGCAGCUCAUCAACCAUUUGCACAAAGUUUCUGCCCAGUUCCUGCCCAGCGCACAGCUUCUGUCCCAGCAGAUCUCUGCCCCCGUCCAUGAUCACAACAGCCAAAAACUGGAAACACAGACCAACUGUGUACCCGUUAUUCAGAGGACUCACAAUGGGGAGCUGAAUGAAAACGACACAGACACCGACAGUGGCUAUGGCGGUGAAGCUGAGAAAUGUGAAGGAAAACAUAAUAAUGAAUACAACAGCGGGAAGCCGCAAGUACUGAAAAACGUGCGAGUAAAGCAGGAGUUUGGAGAUGAUCAUCCUGCCAAAAAAAUAAAAAUGGAAUCACCUGGAACUGCAAGGGUUAAUCUUGAUUCAGCCAGCAGACCCGACCAGUCUUUGAUUAACUCUUUGGUGGGACUUGGAGGUGUCCCUUUCGGACAGCAAACGCCUUUUUGUCUGCCAUUCUAUUUUAUUUCUCCCUCCGCAGCUGCAGCGUAUAUGCCUUUUUUGGAUAAGGCAAAUCUAGAGAAAUAUUUUUACCCAGCAGCAGCAGCAGCGGCGGCGGCGGCGGCAGCAACAUCCCCGUUUCCAUUGAUGUACCCUGGAAUCCCAGCACAAGCAGCUGCAGCAACCGCUGCUGUUUUCCCGGGGUUAUCUGCAGCCCUAACGCCGGAUAAAGUGUGCGCAUCCUCGGCCAUGUUAUCACAGAGAGCAGUAUCCUCUCCAUCUCCACGAUCCGCCAUGAGAGCAGGAUCGUCGUCAUCCGCAGAAAAUGAACUGACGUUUGACAGUGAAAGCCUACAUGAAUCAGACAAUGACGAAACUUAAUUUAUAACUCAUGUCAAUACAGAAUUAACAAAAGUGCUUAUAAACUACCAUUUAAGAAACGGUAUUCCUCUUGGUUCUACAGUGUGUACAUUAACUUUACGUUUUGCAGUUUCCCGUUCAAUUUUAAAAGGUUUUAAGAGGACAGACUAAAUAUAUAUAUAUUUUUAGAUCGUCCAUUCUAAACAAUAUUUACCAAUAGUUUGUUUACAUUUUUAGAUCAGUAUAUUAAAUUAGUGUCAACCAUGCUGGACCCUAUAUGAUGAACAUUUAUGUACGUUUUUAAAUAGAUUAGUUGGCCUAAGGAUGGAGUUUCUUAAAUAAAAUAUAUUUAAACAAUCUGUUCAGAUGUUCAAAUAGUGAACUUGCUUAAUGGGAGCAGGUCAUAAUUUGUACCUAUAGGUAUUUUAAAAAGUCAAAAUAAACUACUUAUAUCAGCACCUUAUUGGACUUUUGCUAAUGAAUGUAUUAGGUAUUGUACUGAUUAUAUUUUGUAAAAAAAAAAAAAAAAAAAAAAUAAAAAGUUCCAGGUGUUUGCUUUUGCAAGGUAAAGUGCACUUGUUCAGGCGGCUUCUUUGAGAUUCCAUGUGUACCCCUGAAAUGUAUGGUAAUCGCGUACACUCUUUCCCUGUUUAAUAAAUAGUACUCAUGCACUGAACCUUAAAUAUAAUUCUAUUUUUCCUUAAAAAAAUAAACAUGUCUUAUACUGGAGAGAAAAAAAAGACGUAUUAAACAGCGUAGAUUUGGGCAAGAUUCCUUGGUUGUGUGGCUUUUUUGAUCAUUUAUUUUGUUUUACAGAUAUAAAUCAUUACCUGGGCUGAGAAGGAUAAUCUCCUAAGUAGGAUAUAAAUGUAUCCCAGGCAGCACUUUGAGAGUGCUUGCACUAGAAUGUUAUGUAAGAGAGGGUAUGGAGUCUCACAAUGACUAUAUCAAGUUUUUGUAUAUAAAUAUAUUGCUCUGGUCAUGCUUUUUAUAUCUAAUGCUGCUGUUCAUGCUGUUUGCCUCAAACGCUGCAUUUAAACAAUGUCAUAUCUGCCUAAAAAGUGACUUGUUUGUGUGUAAAUAGUUUGUGAAUAUAUAUAUAUAUAUAUAUAUAUAUAUAUAUAUAUAUAUAUAUAUAUAUAUAUAUAUAGUGUGUGUGUGUGUCUGUCCAAUAUGCUGUUGUUGUAGGAUACAUUUUUGGAUUUUUAAAGAACUAAACAGAGCAGUGUUGCACUUUUUGUUAGUGCUUUAGCUUAUGCUGUCCUAAAUUAUAUAAAAAAAGGAAUAAAAUAAUAAAAUAUCAUCAGCAAGGUACCAAGCCGUUGAAUACUGAGUCUGAUUAUUUGUAACUGUAUGACACUGUGGUUCCUUUAGCCCUGAAGAAGAAGACACCUGUGUAACAAUACUGUACAACUCUGUAUUACAUUGUGUUUGCAAGCCAAUUUAUCGCAAAAUAACAAAGGGACGUGUCGUUUUACUGAAGUUUUCUGAACGAAGCAUUCAAACCCAGCUUCAGGGUAAACAUUUUAUUGUAAUCCUCUUACUGUUCAUAUGCCAAACUUGGGAAGGGAAGGUCCAGUGAAAUAUAUAAUGAAAAUAUAACAGCUGCACUAACUCGAAACAACAACAUAUGUAUUCUCCCUAUUGUUUUGUAGUAUGUAUUGUGUUUACUUUGAAAAUAAACAAUAAUUUGUCUA